GCAGUGGUGCUAGAAUAUCUCAACCACAUCAGAUAAUAAUGAAUAAUGAAUCAGACUGGAUAUCCGGCAUUCUGGAGAAAACAUUGUCUGUUCUCCUCUUUGGGCUUUACUCUCUCUGUGCUGUGAUUAGUGCUUGACAAUGGCUGAGGUUGCUCCAAAUGCUGAGCUAUUGGAAUGGCCAAAGAAGGAUAAGCGCCGAUUCCUUCAUGUCGUGUAUCGUGUUGGCGAUCUGGAUCGCACCAUAAAAUUUUAUACUGAAUGCUUUGGGAUGAAGUUGUUGAGGAAAAGAGAUGUUCCAGAGGAAAAGUACUCUAAUGCAUUUCUUGGGUUUGGCUCUGAAGAGACUAAUUUUGUUGUGGAGCUGACUUACAAUUAUGGAGUGACUUCAUAUGAUAUUGGAGAUGGUUUUGGGCAUUUUGCAAUUGCGACUCAGGAUGUAUACAAGUUGGUUGAAGACAUCCGUGCCAAGGGUGGCAUUAUCUCUAGGGAGCCUGGUCCAGUCAAAGGUGGGACUACUGUUAUUGCCUUUGCAAAGGAUCCAGAUGGUUAUAUUUUUGAACUCAUUCAAAGAGGACCAACUCCUGAGCCCCUGUGCCAAGUAAUGCUUCGUGUUGGUGAUCUGGAUCGUUCUAUCCAGUUCUAUGAAAAGGCCUUAGGCAUGAAGUUUUUAAGGAAGGUUGAUAAUCCCCAGUACAAGUAUACCUUGGCGAUGAUGGGCUAUGCAGAUGAAUAUGAGACAACUGUUCUUGAGUUGACUUACAAUUAUGGUGUGACUGAAUAUUCCAAGGGAAAUGCAUAUGCGCAGGUUGCAAUUGGUACUGAUGAUGUCUACAAAAGUGCUGAGGUUGUCAACUUGGUUACCCAAGAGCUUGGUGGGAAAAUAACUCGACAACCUGGACCACUUCCUGGAAUUAACACUAAAAUUACUUCUUUUCUAGACCCAGAUGGCUGGAAAACGGUCCUGGUUGACAAUGAAGACUUUCUCAAGGAACUGCAGAAGGGAGAUUCUGCUUAAUUUAAGCGGGCUGUAGGUGCACUACUUGUAUGAAACAAGUUGGUGUUAUUUGUAUCUAAAGCAGCUAGUAAUCCUGGCUUUGGGUUUUGUGAUGGAACCAAGUGAACCUGCGGAGAACAUGUUUAUAUAAAUUGGUGGUAGCAUAUUAAGGCUUUGUUUGGCUAUUCAUUUUUA